AUUAUGACAUUUUUAGCAGCUGGUCAUGAAACCACAGGUACUGCACUUUCAUGGUCAUUAUACUUACUUGCAAAGCAUCCAGAAGCUCAAGAUUGUCUUCGUCAAGAAUUAUUGGAAGCUUUACCAGAUCCUGAUUUAGAAACAUCACUUGACAAAAUAAAUUCCUUAGAAUAUUUAAAUUGUGUAUUCAAAGAAACUAUGAGAGUCAUUCCACCAGCACCAGCAGUAGCAAGAAAUAAUGAAAUUGAUACAACAAUUGAUGGAUACUUUAUUCCAAAAGACACACCAAUUAUAAUAUCAUUAUAUGCAGUUCACCAUGAUUCAAAAAUUUGGGGAGAAGAUCAUGACAAAUUUGAACCAUUAAGAUGGUUAAAUCCAAAGUUAACAUCAGAAAUAAAUAAUCAUACAUAUUUACCAUUUUUGACAGGUCCUAGAUCCUGUAUUGGUUCUAAAUUAGCCACAAUUGAAUUUAAGAUUAUUUUAUCCUCUUUAAUAAGAAAAUUCAGAUUUAGGGAAGUUGAAGGUGUAAUAAGUUUUUUCAUUUAUAAAUCUUUAAUUGGACCUUUUUACUUGUCACCAUUACGUAAAAUACCUGGUCCACCUUCUGAAAGUAUUUUGUUUGGAAAUCUUUUGACUAUUCUGAAUUCCGAUGUCGGAAAACCUCAUUUAGAUUGGAAAAAGAAAUAUGGAAGAAUAUUAGUAUAUCAUGGAUUUUUAAAUAAACCAUUUAUACUUUUAACAGAUCCUAAAAGCUAUCCACAAAUAUUGACUUCUUAUGAAUUUAAUAAACCAAAAGAUUUGAGUACAGAUUUAAAACUUAUAUUAGGAGAUGGAAUUUUGUUUGCUGAAG